AUGGAUCUGGGAAAGGCAAAGCUGCUGAGAACCGGCCUCAAUGCUUUAUAUCAAGCUAUCCAUCCUGUGCAUGGAAUUGCCUGGACAGAUGGGAAGCAAGUGAUACUGACUACUUUAUACUAUCAAAAUGGAGAGCUGAAGUUUGGAGACUCAAGCAUUCUUGGUCAAUUUGAACAUGUGCAUGGGCUUUACUGGGGUCCAUAUUGCUCUACAGACGCCCCAGCUCUACUCGCUGUUCAGCACAAAAAGCACGUAAGCAUUUGGCAGCUGGUCUACAGCAGUGCAGAGAAGAAAAAGCCCUUGAUUUCUCAGACUUGUGAAGUUGGUGAGCCAUUUCCACUGCUUUCUCAGGGCUGUGUCUGGCAUCCAAAGAAGGAGGUGCUGGCUGUGCUUACAAAACGAGACGCUUCAGUCUUGCACGCUGUUCGUACUGACAAUACGCGGGUUAAGGCAGAGAUCAAAAGCAGCGGACUCAUCCACUGUGCUUGCUGGACUAAGGAUGGUAAUCGUUUAGUAGUUGCUAUAGGCAGUACCCUGCACUCCUACAUAUGGGAUAAUGCUCAGAAAACUCUAAAUAUCUGCUCCUUUUGCCCAGUUUUUGAUGUGGGAGGUUAUAUCUGCGCUAUAGAAGCCACUCUGGAUUUCCAAAUUGCUGUAGCUACUGAGCUUCCUUUAGAUAACAUCUGUGGUAUCAAUGCAGGCAUUACAUUUGAUGUGCCCUCUGGCACAGAAGCUGGUUCUUUAAUCUCACAGUCUGCUUUGGUGCUUGGUGACGAGGAAUACUCCAUGGACACACGAAGAAAGUCCAUAGAUUCAGAUAGAUCAGGUGUUGAUUCAGUUGCUUCUUCUUCAUCAGGUCCUGUGGAUUUGACCCAUAUCCUUGCAAACCACCGUCGGUCUGAUCCCAGUCCUCUCAUUACUCUGAAACGCAAAGACUCUGCAGCAACAAAUGGUCAAGAUUCUUCUCACUUGAUCUUGGUGACUUUUGAGAGGAAGGUAACGACCACCAGAAAAGUCACCAUCCCAGGUAUUUUGGUUCCUGAUAUAAUGGCUUUUGACCUUAGAGCUCAGAUUGUGGCAGUGGCCUCUAAUACUUCUAAUAUUGUUCUGGUGUAUUCAGUAACCUCUUCCUCCAUGCCACACAUUCAACAAAUCCAGCUGGAAAAAAAUGAAAGACCAAAGGGCCUAUGUUUUUUAACAGAUAAACUCUUAUUGAUUCUGAUUGGCAAGCAGAGGUUCCCUGAUCCUAAUCUCAUUCCAUCUUCAAGUUCAGACAGGUAUGUAAUGCGUCUUAUGGUCAAAGAGUUGAUGCUGGAAGAAAAUUCUUCAGCAUUGUCUGAGACUAAACAGAAUAUGUUUUAUAACUUUGAAUCGUCUGUUAAUAUACCUGGGAAAAGAAAAUUCUUUGAGAAUCUUGCCACAGAAGACCAGCCUCAAAGCAGAGAGUUGUUAAUACCAAGAAGCACAGUUAUUCAGUCUCCAAGUGGCAGGAGAAGACUCAUUGAAGAAGUAAAGAGCCCUAGUUAUGAGCAGAGCUCUUCAUCAAGUGUGAGUGACCUGGAUGAAAAAAGGCUCCCAUGUGACUCCUCGGUGGCCUUGGAAACAUUGGAUGCUGAACCUAUGAAUCGCUCAGUGUCUCUUCGUGGUUUUGGAUCACCCAGCAGGAUUUCCAGCAGACCAACAUCUCCUAAAGUGCAGUUCAAUGUGAUCCAAGAAGCAUCAAAUUCUCCUAAAAACAACAAUUUGCCAAGUGAAAGGGGAAUGAGUCACAUAUCUAGAAAUUUAGAGAGACUUUGUGGCAGCUUCAAUGAGUUACAGCUGAGCCUUUCUGAAAUAACAGACUUGGCUAGGAAUGGCAGGAGGAUUUCUUUAGCCUACCCAUGCUCCCAGGAACCGCCUGUCGUGCAUGUCACCUACCAGAAAAGCUUUUCAAAUGGAUCAGUUACUGAAGAAACAAAAGACGUUCUCCUCUGUGAUGGCAAGAUCCAUUUGAGUUUAGUUCAGCAGCUGUUUGACCUGCCUGUUAUUGAAAUGAAACAUGGCUCUUCUUGGAUUGUGCUCACUGCAGACAAGGACGGCUUUGUGCCAUUAAUAUUCAAAGCCACACAAGAGAUAAUCAUAAGGGAUGGAACUGACAGUUCAGAAGUCUGUGGAGGUCACUCCUACAAAAAAAGCAUCCCAAUGCGACCACCAAGCAGAGUGACAUAA